UGACUAAACAUUGAUGCACCACUGACCACAUUACAAAGUGACUAUUACGUCCCUAUAUAAGGAAGAAACACGCCUGUAUACAACAGAGAUCUGUGUGCUAUCGGAUAGGAACUCUCACAACUCCCCAUCAUGGCCCUUCUUCCUCUGCUCUUCGUGGUAUGUUCGCUGUCGAUGGUGCUAAGUCUCCACAUUCUUCCAUGUGAACCAGGCAUGGCUGGUCCUUUAGGCUGCGACAGUUUCUUCUCCAGGCAAUCAGGGUCACCAACUGUUGCAAUCGAACCCGAAUUCCGAGAUCGAGGCUUGGGUGACCAAGGAUUUGGCGAGCGCUUUGGAGGGAUAAAUUCGGAUCAGUUUUUCGACGGUGGAAAUCAAGACCAGUUCUUCGACGGAGGAGCUCAAGAUCAGAUCAUUGUCAGCGGACAGGAUCAAUUUAUUGGAGGCGGUGUCCAGGAUCCGUUUAUGGGCGGCAGUGGUGGUACUAUCGUAUCUGGUGGGUUUGAAAAUGGCCUUGGCGUCCUAGACAACUCAUUCGGAAAUGACCAGGGCAUCUUGCUGGACGGAAGUAUAGGCAUAUCAAACCCCAGAGGAGACAUGGGCUCCUUCGGCAUGAAAAAUAUCGGGUCCCGAGGAAUUGGAAUGUCAAGUAGGUUCGGCAAAGGGAAAUCUCGCGGUGUAUCAUCCAGCAUUAGUUAUCCAAAAGGUUUCAGCAUGUCGAAAAAAGGUCGUGGCUCAGCCUUGUCACCCUCUAUUGGGAAAUCGGGAAGAAUCGGUAAGGGAAUGUUGGGCAUUGGAAGACAGAGAGGAUAUCCUAAAUUCCAAAAUAAUUUCAUUGGAAUGAAUAGGGGGAUCUCUCGGUCGUCUCUGAGCUAUCCUAAAGGUGGCUGGAGCAAAGGAGGAAUGACCAAAGGCCGAUGGAACAAGGGAGGAUGGAACAAGGGAGGGUGGAACAAGGGACGAUGGGGUAUUGGUGGAUCUCGAAGAUGGAGAGGAAAGGGCACAUACAGUCCCAUCACUAUGGACAGAAGUUACCUCAAGGGGAUCGGAAAGGGUCGCAUGUCAAGUAUGGGAAACUGGGGUCAGAGAUUGUCCUACCCGAAGGGGAUUUCCAGGCCAUCGUUUACACCAAGUAAAAGGCGUUCCGGUGGCUAUUAAAAUGACUGGUUAUUUAAUAAAUUAUUUAUUUUGUGUUUGUGAAAUCAAUUAUUUAAGUAACAUUUAAUGUCAAACAACUUCAUCAUGCAUUGUUACAGGAUUAAUGACUUUAUAAUAUCUACACAUUGUACAUACCCGCCUGUAUUUCUUGUUUGUUUUCUGUUUGGAUGUUAAAUCUCCAAAGUAAUAGAUAAUAUUUAUUACACUAGACAUCAUUUUGUACAUGUAAGACGCCGAAAGGUCGAUGCUGAAUAAUUUAAUUGUGUCAAUUUUAUCGAAUAUAGACUAAUUUUAUAGGAAUAUUUUAUGAAUUUAUCGUUCCUUCGUGAUUAAAUGUAAUAAACGUACUAAUAAAUUUCCUGUGCAAGAAA